UUUUGUUUGGUAGACUAUUUCAAAAUCACAGUUUCAGUUUUCAAAUGAUUGCAUUCAUUUAACUCGCAGUCGCAUCAUGAGUAACUUUGAUCUCCAAGGUGAUCCAGACCUCUUGGAUGACAUAUUCCCCAGAGUCAUCCCUGGGCCUUCGGUUGACGAAGACGAACAAUCCAGCGGUCUUGAGAAAGACGCAACCCACUACCGUAUGGACCACAGCAGGCGAGGAGUGGCAGCUAUAUUCUACCAAGGAGGCAACAGUGGUCUAGUGGUCAACGACGUCAACAGUUUGUCCAGGACCUUCAUAAGUUUGGGGUUUGAUGUUUUUUUCUACAAAGAUUUGACAGCUUGUCAAAUAAGCUCUACCGUAGAAGAACUCAGUCAAAGAGAUCAUUCAGACUGUGAUGGUUUAGUGGUUGUCUACCUCGGAAAGGGAUUCGGUGGACAUUUCGCAGCCAAAGACAAAUUGUUCAGAGUGGAUUUGCUCUGGGACAAAUUUAUUGCUGAGAACUCACCAACCUUGGUUAAUAAGCCGAAGCUGUUCAUCAUUCAGAGCUACAAUGAAAUGUUUAGAGGAGGAAACAGACGUGGGCUAAGAGCUAGAGGUCAUUGUGGAAUUGAUGAUGAUGAGGCAAAUGAACGUAAUAUGGGAAAGUCUUACUUCAUCCCCAACAUAUCAGACUUUCUCAUAGUUCUCUCUCACGUUCCAGGUGUGACAAAUGUGGGUUCACGGUACAUUCAGACGUUGUGUCGACAUUUGGAUACUUCCGCAGACAAAGAUAUCACGACGACCACCUUGCCCAACUCACUUGGAGUUCGGCGACAAUGGGAUUACCUCCGGGGCUUCCCUUCUCAUCUUGUUAGCGUCACCUUAAAGACGACAGCGGGGGCGUACCCGACUGUCUACGGCUACUGGCUACGUAUAAAGCUGGCUGCGACACAGAGGUUUUCGAGGUGUUUACCCCCCAGGUGUCUCUUCUUCGCAUCCCGGCGUCCGGCGGCUUUGCAUCCAAACCUCCUGGAGUAG